CUUGGGCUGUGUUUGAAUCUUUUUUGUUACUACAGUACUAAAUAAUUAUAGAUCUGAGAUUGAUUCUUCAAUCUUGUCAACUAUGGCGUGUGGGAAUGUGGAUUUUUGAAUUUUCUUUUCAAGCUGUUGUCAAUUGACUUCUUGUGGGACUUGCAUUAACUUUCUAAAAUAGUGUUACUAUUUUGACUUUAUCGUAGUCAUUUAGUGGGCCUUCCCCUAGGACUAGAAUACACGGAAUUCCCUAUUCCACAAUUUCCUUUUUGUCAAUUCUAAAGUUUGCUUUUCGAGAAAUUAUUUCGUUCAAAAAGUCUUAGUAGUUUGGUAAAUAUGCAGUUUUGGUUUAAUCGCUGCUUUCUAUGGAACAGGUUGUAAUUACUUGAUUGCCAAGGACUUAACAAGCUUGUUCUGGGGGUAAGAGGGCAUUGAUUCAGUCUGUUUUAGAUUAUAUUCUAACGUACUGAAAACCCAUCUUUCUUGCUUAGCUGUUUCUUAGAUUCUUGAGCAAAUUUCAGUGUUUUACAGAGCACAAUUACAAAGAACAGGUCAUAUGAGAAAAGUGUAAUUUUUUUCUUUUGGUCAUAUUGUAUUGAAGAAAUUGACAAGUUUCAAGAAUUGGGUCAAUCUUGAAUUUUGCUGAAGCUAUUUGGUAGAGUGUUUUUCUGAUAGUUUUUUAAGUUUAUUGAAGAAGAUAUUAUCUUGGUUGUGCAAGAAAAGAAAAGAUGGGUUCUUUUCCUGGGCAUGUUCUACCUGGAACACUGUUUCUUGUGGUUGGUGUGUGGCAUAUAUGGUGUGCUCUGGUUAGAUAUUCAUCAAAUCCCAAGUCAUUCAGGGUAAGGGUUUGGAAUCCUGUUCCAGGUUUUGAUGGGAAGCUGAAAUAUUUGGAACUUUAUGUUAUAGCUAUUGGUGGUUUUAUUGAUUUUUGUAUUGAGCUCUUCUAUUCAACCCACCUCAAACUUUUUGUUCAUGGGGUUUUGAAUCCUACUCAUAUGAAUAACUUUGAGCAUGCUGGGAUGCUUCUCAUGUUCUUCGUCUUCGGUUUGAUUGUGCUCCUUUCCGAGAAAACCAGUUUUCUUCCCUUGCCUGAUGGAGCUCUCUGCUUGAUCGUGGCCACGGCUUUCUGUGCAGAGUAUUUCUUGUUCUAUUUCCACUCCACCACCCACAAAGGCCUUGAAGGAUACUAUCACCUUAUCCUUGUCCUCCUCAUAGGCCUCUGUGUAUUGUCAACUAUCGCUGGAGCUCUUUUGCCAACCAGCUUCCCUGUUGACUUGGCUAGCGGCAUUUCUGUAACACUUCAAGGCCUUUGGUUCUACCAAACUGCAUUCACUCUGUAUGGUCCCAUGAUGCCAGACGGUUGCCAACUUAAGGGGAACGACGUCAUGUGUCGUUCAGCAGAUAGAGAGGUUCGAGGCGAGUUGCUAGCUAACUUUCAACUUUUCUCCAUGGUUUUUGUUGUCCUUGCUGCUACUGCUGGAGCUUAUGGUUUUGCAGCUUCCGGGACUGGUCAGUCAGAAAUUAGGAAAUCACAUGCGCCUUUUGAUGGUUAGGAACAUCUACAGUAGGAUAGCCAUUUUUGUACCAUAUUCUUUUUAGUAGGGAAAGGCCCUGAAUGACCAUUUUCAGAUGUUGCUCUUAAAUUAUUCAUUUGUCUUGCCUGCUAAGUGUAAAUUUGACAUUGAGAAGUAGACCAUCCGUGGGUUGCUACUUGCUACUGAUUUAAGAUAGUUGCUGAUAAGGAUGGACUAAGCACAGAAUAAUUUGAUGGUGGUAAUUGCAGAUGUACGUGUUUCGUCUUUUUUUAAAUGCAGCGGAUGGUAAUUAGUUGUAAAAUUUUCUUUGAA